CGAGGCCACUUGACCCCGGAAGCAGGGUGCGGGGCUCCGGCGCGGCGGGACCCUGCGGUGCGAGCCUCAGUUGUUGCAUUUUUUCAUAAACUGAAGGCAAGACCAUUCACCAGCAAAAAGCUUAUGACUCACUGUAUUGUGAUACUUGCUUUACUGCAGUGGUCUGGAACCGAAACGCAGUAUCUCUAGGUUUUUCCUGUGCAAUAGAGAGUGUAAAGAGGUGUGGCCUUACAUCGGAUGACUUCCUUCUCUCUUAGGACAUUAUUUAAAUGUGUUUAUUCACCUAAGAUAUUUGUUUUAUGUGAAGAGACCCAGGCCGCAGUGAUGUUUCACUUCUUCAGGAAGCCCGUGGAACCGAAAAAGCCCUCAGUGUCAGACACGGAAGCAGAUGGCUUUGUCCUUUUAGGAGAUACAGAAAAUGAGCAGAGAAUGGCAGCAAGCGGUAACACUUCAGAAGUAGAAGACAACCAACCGACUGACCAAGAAAACUCACCCAUUGGGACUGUAGCAGGCCCCGGGGCGGAAACUAAGGCAGGCCAGCUUCUGGAGAACAGCUCGUUCAUGGCAGAGCUUCUGAGCGACGUGCCCUUCACCUUGGCCCCGCAUGUGCUGGCUGUGCAGGGCACCAUCAGUGACCUUCCAGACCACCUCCUCACCUGUGACGUCAGCGAAAACUUAUCACGGUUUUGGUACGAUUUUACUCUCGAAAAUUCAGUGCUCUGUGAUUCGUAAGUUUUUAUAUUUGUACCGCAACUGCUUUAAAACAAAAGUUUGCCACUGUAUUUAACCUGUUUGAUGUUCUUUGCCAUUUCACUGUCUAAAAGCCCUCAGGAUCAUAAAAGCAAGGAUCAUAAAGUACAGUAUGUUCAUUGCUCGGUCUUUUAGAAUAAAGUACAUUUGUAUAAAAAUUGAGCUUAAGUACUACUUCCUUUCUGCCAAAUAAUAAAUAUAAAAAUUAGGUAAUCAUAGUUUUAGGAAAGGAAUAGGUUCCUUCAAACAGGCUCUCAAAAUACAACACCUCAAGUUGAUCUUAGCAGAACUGUGAAAAAGAGUGAUGGCAUUUUCCUUGCUUACCACAAGUCUGAAAUCUGCCCUGAGAGGGAGUGAGAAUUCCCUUCUCUGGUUUAGAGGAAGCUUGAAUUAAUAUUAUUCCCUUUCUUCUCCCACAGUGUCUAUGAAUGAGUUCAGAAAAAAAAAAAAAAAAAUUUGUGCCAGUUAGCUUAAUUUCUUCAUUCUUGAUAUAGACACUGAUGUGGAAAAGGAAAACUUUUCCUAAAAAGCAGGAGGAUUUUGCUGAUAUAAGAGUGCCCUUGCUGCUAUUUCCCUGAGUGAUACAUUCAGUUUCCUUAUGCCCCUGGCAGUCCUGUGCACCUGGAGUGCUCCCCGUGUUCCUGCCUUUGUUUCUGCGGAGUGUGCUCCCUCACCAGCUUCCCCAAGAACUCUCCCUGCUUCUGCCUCAGAAGGCAUCCGUGCUCCUGACCACAUAGGGUUCAGGAAGAGAUCCACAUUUCCUUUCAACCUCUCUGCUCCCAAAGAAAAACAUCUCGUGAUGAUACAUAUUAUCGCUAACACCCUUAGCAAUUUGUUGGCCAUAAUACGAAUAGAAAUGCUUUACUGCUAGAAAAACUGAAAUCAACUCAUUUCCAGUUAGAGUAUAGGCAAAACACCUAAAUGUCACUUUUAGCUAUUGAAUAUCCAUCAUUUAUUCCAACUAAAACAGAAAAGAACUGCCAUUGGUCAAUAAACUGCAAAGGAAGAGGUAAACUGUGACAGUGUUUUCUAUGCCAUGUAAAAUUUUAAUCACAUUAGUUCUGAAAGAGUACAAUAUAAUUUAUUAAUUCUGUGCCAAAUUUUUAGAAUAUUUUUCACAAAGAUAGAGUGCUAUAGCAAAACUGAACACUGUGCAUAAAGGUAUAUAAAUUAUUCAAAUUUUAAUGUGUUGUGCAUGUAUAAUAAAUGUGGCAUGUUCUUGAUAAAAAUACUGUUAUUUACAAAAUAAAGGAACCUUUCUAUUG